AGAAAAUGAUGCUGGAUAACAAUCUGGUGCGGCAUUUGGACGCGUGCGAGACGAUGGGCAACGCGACGGCCAUCUGCUCUGACAAGACCGGUACCCUCACCACCAAUCGAAUGACCGUGGUGCAGAGUUUCACCUGCGGUAUUCAUUUCAAAAAUACGCCAAAAUUUGAAUCACUUCCAGCGGGAACCGCAACGGUGGCGACCAUUCUUGUGGACGCCAUAUCACUAAACAGUGCUUAUACUACACGCGUUAUGCCUCCCGAUAAUGAGGGCGAUAAUCCGAAACAAGUGGGCAACAAAACCGAAUGUGCGUUAUUGGGCUUUGUGUUAGGCUUAGGCAAAGACUAUCAGCGCCGACGGGAGGUCUACCCCGAAGACAAGCUCCACAAAGUCUACACAUUCAACUCUGUCCGCAAAUCCAUGUCUACUGUCAUACCAUUAGAAAACAACGAAGGCUUCCGUGUCUUCACGAAGGGCGCGUCUGAAAUAGUGAUGAAGAAGUGUAUGUUUAUAUACGGAAAAGAGGGACAACUGCUGCGGUUCCCGAAGGAAGAGCAGGAAAAGCUGGUGAAGAAUGUGAUCGAACCGAUGGCCAGCGACGGCCUCCGCACCAUAUGUAUCGCCUUUAAGGACUACGUCAGGCGUAAGCCCAAUGGUCCCAAUGAGAUACAGAUGGAGGCCGAGCCCGACUGGGAGGACGAGGAGGCCAUCAUCACACGACUCACGUGUCUCACGAUAGUCGGCAUCGAAGACCCCGUGCGGCCUGAG